AUGCUAGGGAGUCCAUUGAAGAGGGAAUAUUGGAAUGAGAUGAUUACAGGCUCCAAGUCAUCAGAAGCCGGAAAUAUAGAUGCCAACUUUGCCCUUGAGGAGAAGGAUUCCACUCUUUCACCUCUUGCAUCCUUGGAUUCUAAAGUGCCACAUGAAAAAAUUCAAACGACUACCGAUUUUGCUUCGGUAAUUUCGCAUGAAGAUGAUAUCAAUAAUGUUAAUCUGAAUAAAAAUCUUUCCAUCCGUCAUUUGUUAACUUUAGCAGUCGGUGGAUCUAUUGGUGUUGGUCUAUUUGUCAACUCAGGUGCUGCGCUGGCAUCCGGAGGCCCAGCGAGUUUAGUCAUUGAUUGGAUUAUCAUUAGUACCUGUCUUUUCACAGUGAUUAAUGCCCUAGGUGAGAUGGCCGCAGCAUUUCCUGUCGUCGGAGGGUUUAACGUUUAUAUUACUAGAUUCAUUGACCCAUCUGUCGGGUUUGCUGUCAAUAUAAAUUAUUUGGCGCAAUGGUUGGUACUGUUACCUUUGGAAUUAGUUGCUGCAUCCAUGACUAUUAAGUAUUGGAAUGAAACCAUUAAUUCUGACGCCUGGGUAGCGAUCUUUUAUUGCGUUAUUGCAUUGGCUAAUAUGCUAGAGGUGAAAUCCUUUGGUGAAACAGAAUUUGUUUUAUCAAUGAUUAAGAUUCUUGCCAUUAUUGGAUUCACUAUUUUGGGGAUUGUGUUAGCAUGUGGUGGUGGUCCACACGGUGGUUUCAUUGGUGGCAAAUAUUGGAAUCAUCCUGGUUCAUUUGUGGGUCAUAACUCAGGGACUAAAUUCAAAGGGUUGUGUUCUGUAUUCGUUACAGCUGCAUUUUCCUACAGUGGGAUCGAAAUGACUGCUGUGUCGGCUGCCGAAAGUAAAGAUCCAAGAACUACUAUUCCCAAGGCGGCCAAGAGAACGUUCUGGUUAAUCACUGCAUCAUACGUCACAAUUUUAACUUUGAUUGGUUGCUUGGUUCCCUACGACGAUCCAAGACUAUUGAGUGGUACUAGUUCUGUUGAUGCAGCCUCAUCCCCUCUAGUCAUUGCCAUAGAAAACGAUGGCAUUAAGGGUUUGCCUUCCUUAAUGAACGCCAUUAUCUUGAUAUCUAUUAUUUCCGUAGCCAAUAGCGCAGUCUAUGCGUGUUCCAGAUGUAUGGUUGCCAUGGCUCACAUCGGUAAUGUCCCUCGAAUUUUAAACCGUGUUGAUACGAAAGGCAGACCUAUGAACGCUAUCAUAUUCACAUUAUUUUUUGGGCUAUUGUCGUUUGUGGCUGCUAGUGAUAGACAGGCAGAUGUAUUCACCUGGUUAAGUGCCCUUUCUGGAUUAUCCACCAUAUUCUGUUGGAUGGCCAUCAAUUUAUCUCAUAUUAGGUUCAGACAGUCCAUGGCAAAGCAGAAUAGAUCAUUAGAUGAACUUCCAUUUUUGUCUCAAACAGGUGUAUGGGGGUCGUGGUAUGGUACUAUUGUUCUCUUCCUUGUCCUAGUGGCAUCUUUUUGGACUUCUUUAUUUCCUUUGGGUGGGACCUCAGCGGAUGCAGAAUCAUUUUUUGAAGGUUAUUUAUCGUUUCCUAUCUUAUUAGCGUGCUACUUUGGACAUAAAUUGUACGUGAGGAAAAGAGAAUUUAUGGUUGGAUUGGCGGAUAUGGAUCUAGACACAGGCAGAAGGCAAGUGGAUUUGGAUGUUCGUAGAGAGGAACUCAGGCGUGAAAGAGAGGAGCUGGCCAAGCAAAGUUUUUUUAAAAGUUUUUUGCAUGUGUGGUGCUGA